UGGAAGAUAUAACACUGUGGUGGAAGCCAUGCCAAUGUUCAGCCCUCAGGCGAGCUAUACUGCAUGUCAUUCAACACUAGUGGCUGGAAGCGAGAUCCCGUUGAAACUGCACGACUUGGUAGAUCGACCACCGGCGCGUUGAUGAACUGCAAGGACGAGAUUUUCAGACUGAACAUCAGACCAUCAAUUAUCAGGGCCAAGAAAAGUCUUCGACACGGGCCCCUGAGACAUAGAAAACGUCUCAUCGAUUGCUUCGACACUUUCAUGCGUCUUGGUACAGCCUUGGAUCUGGGGCUCACCCAGGAGUACAAUUUCAACGUCUCAGCGGUUAGCCAAGGCUUGAGGCAAGGGGGUAAUGCAUCCGGAGAAAACCUGCACCCCGAAUACCGAAACUCAUGUGGCUGUGACGUCACGGCCGACGUCUCAGUCAGUGAGGGAUCGCGAGAGCGGUCAUUUGUUCGGGACUACCAAUGGGAAUGGCCGGAACUCUGUGGUCAGAGCUUGAUGUGUACGUGCGUUCAAGAGUUUAUACUUCGCCAGGUGUGCACUCACAACUACCUGCCAAGCGACGAGAAAUACCUGAUGGCAGGGUUAAAGUGGUUCAAGAGUUACAUAUCUGGAUAG